AUGUAUUGCGGUAUCAGAAAAGGUAUCUUGUUUGGAGGUUUUUUCCCAAGGCAUACGAAGAGUAGUGUACAUUUUAAUAAAGUUCGUGACUACCAAAAGGAAGGGCGAUUUUGGCCUCCGGUACAGAAAGAAAGUAGGUUUAUGACGUCAUGCGGCAGUACUACACCUGAAAACGGUACAUACUUCGUGAACUCCGGUUACCCUUCGACGUAUGACGCAACUGGUUCCUGUGAACUAACUGUUUUAAAGUCACACUCUGAUGUGUGCCAAAUAAGGUUAGAUUUUGACCGUUUCACCAUAGCUGGGCCGGAGAGCAUGAACCACGUGUGCAACCAAGAUCAAUUCAUCGUAUCCGGCGGCAACCCUGUUCCAGCAAUCUGUGGAUUUAACCAGGGCGGACAUAUGUACAUAGACGCUGGGAUUGGAAUCACGAAUCCCGUCAAACUUACUUUUGUCACAAGUGGUAAUUCAUUUGAGAGAUUAUGGAAAGUAAAGGUGACUCAAAUACCUUGCAGCACUAUUUAUAAAGCUGAUGAAGGUUGUCUGCAAUAUUACACGGGUGUGUCCGGACAACUAAAGUCCUUUAAUUACGACCCAACAUCAGGACGGCAGCUAAGCAACCAGGAUUACGGGAUUUGUGUUAGGAUGGAAAGAAACUUUUGCGGAAUUCAAUAUACAGCUUGUAUUGACCCUGUAAACAAUCGUUCCCGUGCAUUCACUAUAAGCGGAAACAGCAAUAAUCCCGUUAACGCAAUGAUUGGAUCUGGCGCUGGGCCAAAUAAUUGCGCCAACGAUUGGCUCUUAGUACCAUGUGCUGCCAAUGUUGGAAGAAUUCAGCCGGCACAAGCAUUAUGCACAGACAGAAUAUGUGGAGGAACUUUCUCGGCUGAUCUCUCAAUGCAAGCUUCCUCUGUUUUAAGUACGGUGAAGCCUUUUCGCCUGUGGUUUCAUACAGACAACGUUGAAGCUCCUGUUGACGUAGCCAAUGAUGAUUCGGCCUCCGAAUCCAAGACGUGCGGUAAGAUCCUGGUUGUGCUGUCGUGGAUUGUGGUCCUGGCAACGAUGCCGUUUUCACUCUUCGUAUGCUUUAAGGUCGUGCAAGAAUAUGAGAGGGCCGUAAUCUUUCGUUUGGGAAGGCUGCUAUCCGGUGGAGCUAAGGGACCUGGCAUUUUCUUUAUACUUCCUUGCAUUGACACCUAUGCUCGAGUGGAUCUUCGAACCCGGACCUAUGAUGUGCCACCUCAGGAGGUGCUGACUAAGGACUCAGUGACGGUAUCGGUUGAUGCAGUCGUGUACUACCGCGUACAUAACGCUACAAUCUCGAUCGCUAACGUCGAAAACGCCCAUCAUUCAACCCGACUGCUGGCGCAAACAACUCUCCGGAAUACAAUGGGUACACGGCCGCUUCACGAGAUCCUAAGCGAGCGCGAGACUAUUUCAGGGAAUAUGCAAAUUUCUCUCGACGAGGCGACCGAGGCUUGGGGCAUUAAAGUGGAGAGGGUGGAAAUCAAGGAUGUGCGUCUGCCCGUACAACUGCAACGUGCAAUGGCAGCAGAGGCCGAGGCGGCAAGGGAAGCGCGCGCUAAGGUGAUUGCUGCUGAGGGUGAGCAGAAAGCUUCCAGAGCGCUCAGAGAGGCAUCAGAAGUAAUAGGUGACAGCCCUGCGGCUCUGCAACUACGUUAUCUGCAGACUCUCAACACAAUAUCUGCUGAGAAGAACUCAACGAUCGUGUUUCCACUACCUAUUGACUUGCUAACGUAUUUCAUGAAGGCCAAAGAGGAAUCCUAAAUAAAAUACUAAUACAAACUAAUACUAUUACAAAUUAUUAUAAUUAAAUACUUACUAGGUAAGUUAAUCAGUUACCUAAGAUAGCAAAGAAAGCUAUACACACUUAAGCUACGCAGCUACUACCUGUUAUGCUUAUUUAAGUAAGUAUCUUGUAGUAAAUAUUACGAAUUUAACAUGAUUUUAUAGCAUACCUACCAAAAAAAAAAUGUAUACCUAUUAAGGUAAAAUAAACAAAUUUAGAAUAGUACUAGUAUUUAAUAUGCACCUACUAUUUAACUUAUCACUUCGUUUCAGUUAAGUAUUUGUAGAGAUUUUAUGGUUCCAAUUCUGUUGUCCACAAAUCGCAAAACUGCACAAAAUUGACAGGUCUAAUUACAAUGGUGCUAUCCUUUUCACAAAGCUUGUAAAAAACGAUAGCCACUCACUUUUAGACCGGUCAAUUUAGUUAUGUUUUGAUAAAUCUGUACCUACGUCAGAUUUGGUAAUAAUUUUGUAAUUAUAAUUGUUAAGAUGUACAUAGUUAUAUACCUAAGCGGUAAUAUAUAACUCAUAUCAUUAGAUUGAUGUUUUUGAAAUUAGAAAAAAUUUCUAUUACCUACUUUGUUAAUAUUUAAAUAACUAAUAAUAAGGAUACACUGUACCUAUCUUACUAUUAUCAAUUAUUACUUUUCAACAUGAUGAUUAUCAGCACAUUAAUAUGUUAUAUAUAUCACUGCUGGGCUGACGCUUCCUUUCAUUGGUAAUUGAAGCAUUGAUCUAUAAGAAUUUAUUUAAUUAAUUACUAAAAAUUCAUUAAUUAUGGAUUCGUCUUCUUGAUCCGCCACUUCGUCGGACGUCAUGCUCUACCGAACAACAUAUGUAAACCAUUAUGUUAAAUAUUGACCAAAUGCUAUUAUUAUCCCUUGUGAAACUGUACGGUUUUUAUUAAUGUCAGUGAACGAUCUAUUCAUUAACAUAAUAAAAUAUUAUGCAAUUGGUUAACAAUUUAACACAUUGGUACACAAAUAUGACUUUAUUGUAGUAGGUUUUCGAUUAUUCAAUAAACGUAUCUCAGUGCA